AUGAGCAAGACGGAGGAGUCUCUCCCGCUUCCAGGCGUGGGACUGACGCAGGGGUUCCAGCUCCCCGACCAGACCGAAUGGAAUGGACACGUGCUUCCUGUCGAGUUCCCGCAGCUUGACUCGCUCCCCCGAGAUCUGCUACUCCAGGGAUUCGACAACUACGAGAACUGGCGGUUCAUGGUCGAGUCCGUCGUGAAAGCCCACAACAUGCCUCAGUUGCUCAACAUGUUCAUCGUCAGACCCACCGCGGGCUCUCAGCACUAUGGACGCUGGGCCGUGAACUCGUCCCGCCUUGCUGGAUGGCUCUUGCUUCAGAUCGACAAGGAUUUCCUUGAACGUCAUCGUAUUCGCGAGCAUGCGCAGUUGUACGCGGAUGACACCUUCGAGUGCAUUCGCAAGGCAAUGCAGCGUGAAGGCGUCUUGAGAAAGCGUACGGAGAUCAUCCGCCUCAUGACCAUGUCCAGAGGACACUAUGAUGAGCUCUCCCAGUACGUGCGUGCUUUCGAAGAGGUCGUUCACGUUACGGACCGUCUUGACUGUGGAAUCACGCCUUUCGCUGCUGCGACCAUGCUCCUCCACGAGGUUCGUCAUGAGUUUGGCAAUUGGGUCGCAGCGAUGUCGCUGAGAAUUGGUUACGACGAGGACAACGUCUAUUCCAUGAGUGAUUUCGUGGCUUUGUGUGACGAUGUCUGUUCCUUGAGUCAGCGUCUUGAUAGCUAGGCUGUUGCUCAUACGGGUGCUAUCAUCGAGGAGUGCUUGGAGGACAAGAGAAUCCAGACGACAGAAUUUGGACAAGUGAAGUGAGAGCCCAACGGAGUCUCCUUCCAGUUGCUGCUUUCUAACAUUCUCAGAACAGUUAAGCCCUCGAUCGGGUCUGUGUUAUGCCUUGAAGUAGCAUAGAUCGGGUGAAACUUGGCUUGAUAUUAUCGUUCAAGAUACCAG